AUGGUUGAAGGCGCUGAAGCUACCCCAGUUAUUUCAACGGACUCUGAGAACAUACCGUGUUCAUCUCUAUUUCAUUUACUAUAUAAGGAUCGCGAAGAUCUCCUCUGUCAGUUGCGUCACCGGAUUUUACGACUUAAGGAAAUCGUUGAUGAAAAAUUGAAACGAAAAAUACCAAUAACGCCGCGAGAGGAUGAUUGCCUUCGAAGGUAUUCUCAUGUGCUUAAGGACGAAGAUAAUCUGAAGUCGAAUGCGAAUGAUCGAAUGAAUAAAAUUCUAUCAGCUGUUGAAUCACAUGAUGCUAUAUCUCUUGAAAGUAUCCCUUUAUUUCCAAGAAAUGAAGAUUUGCCAAUUAUUGCAAACGAAGAAAUUAAUGUUGAAACAUUAAUUUCGGAUUAUAUUCAAAGGUCUCAAAGAGAAUUCACUAAAGAGGACUUUAAGAAUCUCCGCAUUGCCGAUAUUAUUGCGGCAGUUGACAAUGAAAAUGGUAACUCCAAAGCUAAUAAAAAGAAUAAACGAAAGGCGUCUCGGCCGAAAGUUGCGGCAAACCAAGCUCGAAAUGCACCACCUCCUAGUAAAAAGAGGAAGCUUAAUGAUGAGUUGUGCAACUUCCCUCCUGAGCUAAUGCAAUACGUUCGGGGCUUCUUUAAUGCUCUGCGCCUUAUAAUGACCAACAUGGCUGAUUCUGAAGAUGGAAUUUCUGCAGAACAACUUUGCGAAAUUGUUCGAGUUUGGUCAUCCGAUCAUCGUGUCCGGCGAAUUAAUUCACAGUGGAUAUCUCGGUGCGAAGACUGGUCAGAAUUUGUGCGGCCUGCACUUUCCCUUCUCGCCGGCAAGAACUCUACCCUCGUUUUGGCCUCUCCUCCAAAUUUUGUACGAUUCAAUUCUACUACCCACUCUUGGAGUUGGCUUGGUUACCGUAGCACUCUCUGCCCAGAAGACCCUGUUGAAGCUGCCGAGUCCGAAACGGCAACAUUGGCCCGUUUGUUCAGCCUCUGGGCAAGAAGAAAUGACCUCAGCGGUGGUAGUUGCAAGCAGCUCCCUAAACCCUCUUCCCGUAACGAGGUCGAACAUGAGGAAGAUGAAGUUGACCAUUUUUCAGACAAUGUGGAAGAGCAGGAGGCUCCCUCAGCAGCGACUAAGUCUCGACGUCGACAGGUCAAACCCGAACAAGUGCCACCCCCGUAUUAUACCACAGAUUGGCAAUGCGCACUUUCAACCCCUGAACAGCGUCGUCAAUUUCAAGAACAGGAAGAGAAGCGUUUCUCCACACCUUGGGCACCUUUUGUCUACAAUCAACAUGGUUACGCUUCAGUUGUUGCGCCUGUCUUUAGAGAUGGCAGUGGAAAUAAAAUGCGGGCUACUCUCUCCGCUAGAGAUCACCCACUCUUACGCAAUGAUCGCCCUCCUUGGGUAUCGAUUUCGGAGAUUGUUCGUGAUGCUGUUGCUAGGCUUCCUAAUGGGGAAGGUACAAGACCCGAAAUCGCGAUGUUGGUUCAGGACAGUGGGUAUCUUGUUUCACCAUUUAAUUUUAAGCAGCUCAAUCAAUGUAUCAGUUCUGCGUUAGAUCGUUUGCAAAGUGAGGGUGAAAAAUCUCCCGUGAUGUACGACUCCGCUCAAAGACUUUGGAUCUACAGAUUUCGACACCUUUCGGCCAAUGAUUUCUUCCGAAUGUAUAAGGAGCAAAGUGAUUACCAACACAAACGCUUCCAGCAAGUCUACCCUCGUGGAAGGGUUGCUUAUGGGGUGAGCACUGGCCAACGUUCCUCAUCAGCAUUUCGGGGUUCCCUGGGAAUUCCAAGAGUGGCUUCUCGUCGACUCUCUACCUCCAUGCAUAUCAUGGAGAUGAAUGAGGAAGAGGAGGAGGAGGCGGACAGCAUUCCAGACAUCGAGGAUCUAAAUCAAGAAGAAUCAGACGAAUCGAUGAGUGGGAAUGACAACGACGAUGGGGAAUCUUACUCCGGGUCGGAAGUUGAUACUUCUCAUGAGAUGCCUAUGCAACAAUAUGAGCAUCAUAAUCAACGUCGAAAAUACGAUGCUUUCCAUUCACGUAGAAGUCAACAUUUUCAGUUUCCAUCCAAUAUGUACUGA